CAAGCGUCCAGUUCCUUGCUGCACGGGCGGCAGCUUCGCACAGCAAGGAAAGCAGCAUGACGACCGCAACCGCGGACGAUGCCAUAGCAGGGCUGGAGCCAGCUCCACUUUGGCGCUUUUUCAAGGACCUCACGCAAAUCCCCCGCCCAUCGAAACAUGAGGAGCGCGUGUUGCAGUACCUGAAGGAGUUCGCCGCCUCCCGCCAGCUGGCCUGGCAGCAGGACGCGGUGGGCAACCUGGUCAUCCGGCGGCCGGGCUCGGGGGGCGGGCAGGGGGCGCCACCGGUGGUAAUCCAGGGCCACAUCGACAUGGUAUGUGAGAAGGCGCCCGCUGUCCCCCACGACUUCCUGCGCGACCCGCUGACACUGGUGCGGCGGGGCGACUGGCUGAGCGCGCAGGGUACCACUCUGGGCGCGGAUAACGGCAUCGGUGUUGCCGCCGCCCUGGCGCUGCUGGACUGCCCCCCCUCCGCCAAGCUGCCGCCCCUGGAGUGCCUGUUCACCAUCGACGAGGAGACGGGGCUCACAGGUGCCUUCGAGAUCUCCCCGGACCUGCUCACCGGGCGCACCAUGCUCAACCUCGACACGGAGGACUGGGGUGAGGUGUUCAUCGGCUGUGCGGGCGGCGGAGACAUGCGGCUGGUGCUGCAGGUGGCGCUGCAGCGGCGGCCGGAGCAGCCGGCCAUGAGGCCCUUCAAGCUCCAACUGGGGGGCCUGCUGGGCGGCCACAGCGGCCUCAACAUCGGUGAGGGGCGCGGUAACGCGGUGCAGCUGCUGGGCCGGGCGCUGGAGGCGCUGGGGCGGGCUGCGGCGGGGGACGGUACGGCAGCAACAGCGGGGGCAGUAGCAGCAGCAGCGGGUGGUGUUGGAGAUGCAGGGUGGAGGUUGGUGGCAGCGGGAGGGGGAGACAAACGCAAUGCCAUCGCGAGAGACGCCUGGGCGGUGGUGCUGGUGGCGGAGGAGCGGGUGGCGGCGGUUACGGCUGCCGUACAGUCCCUUUUAGAGGAGCUCCGUACGGAGUACGGCACACUUGAGAAGGACCUCACGCUGACGUUGACACCGUACGACACCAACUAUGAUGAUAACGGUGAACAGCAGCAGCAGCAGAGAGUCAACCUGGCCGAGGUGGUUGCGCCUGCUGACGUGGCGAGGUUGCUGGCGCUGCUGCGGGGGCUGCCACAUGGCCCCCUCAAGUACUCGCAUGCGGUCCCCGGCCUGGUAGAGACUAGCAACAACGUGGCCUCCCUGCAGGAGCAGCAGCCGGCGACCCCCGCGGAGGCGACAGCAGCAGAAGCGGCGAACGGCACUGCAGGAGUGCGGCGCUACGCCAUCGUCACCUCCACCCGCUCCUCGCUGUCUGCCGCGCUGGAGGCCACUCGGGACGUGAUCCAGGGCCUGGCGGGCCUAGCCGGGUGUGUGGAGCUGGAGCGGGGCCGCGCCUACCCCGGCUGGCAGCCCAACCUGGACAGCGGGGUGCUGCAGGUGACGCUGGAUGCCUACCGCGAGGUGCUCGGGGAGGGGCGGGGCGCCAAGGUGGGAGCCAUACACGCAGGUCUGGAGUGCGGCAUACUGGGGCAGCGGUUCCCGGGCAUGGACAUGGUGUCAUUCGGUCCGACCAUCAAGGGCGCCCACUCGCCCGAGGAGCGAGUGCAGCUCUCCACCGUGAGGCCCUUCUGGGAGCUCACGCUUCGGAUUCUCGAGCGGUUGGCAGACGUACGGCAGUAAGAUGUACGGCAGAAAAACGCUUGGCGGAUGUACGACAGCUGGAAUGUAUAAAUGGGAUUGACUUCUGUUGUCUACGAUUGGUGUACGGUGGCAUGUAAGCAGGAAAUUUGCACUGCCGUGGCUUACGUGCGAUUUGGCUGGAGGGGGGUUUGAGGAAGGGGAUGGGCGCAGUUUGCAGCCGACCGCGAACGUAGGUUGUGGGUUGGGACUUGGGCUGGGCUUGGGCCAUACAUGAGAGACAUGUGAAGGCUGCUGAUGUGCGAAGGGACAGUGAGGGCUGGCCCCAAGUACGCACAAUACCAAGUAUAUGGCUGCUCUGCUGUAGUGGGCGGCAGCCUUGCCCGCAUCAGUCACUGCAGCGUGCAGCCCUCUCAGCUGCUGCACUGCGAGCCGAGCACUGAUUUGCGCAUUGCUGGGUAGCGCAGGGCCAUGCCCUGCAGGUUUGCAAACUGUUUACAAACGGG